AUGCAACCAGAGCCUACUGUCGUGUCUCAUCAUACGCCCCCCGUUGACUCAUACCCAGUCACAAUCAGUCGUACCCAGCAUGGACGUGACCUCGACGACGCUCAAGUCUCUGAUAACCUCGAGGGCGAGGAGAUCAGAGACUCUGCAGACGUCCCGAGUAUGUCGACGCAAAGUGAAUUCGACGCGUCCUUGAACGAGGCCGACGGUCGCUCUUCCCCGCCCUCAGUCCACCGAGUGAGCCAGAAUGAGAAUGCUCGCGCUCCCCCCAGACAAGAAGCAAAUGCUGGAUCAUGCCUAGUGGCUUCUAUUCGACAGUCGAAGGCGUCUUUGGAGACAUUUCCGAACGAGGUUCUCACUCACAUCCUAUCGCAUCUACCCCCACAAGCCUUAUCCGCCGUAUCAUUGGUGUCCCGUCGGUUUCAUGCGCUGGUGACCACUCCUCAUGCUUGGAGAAUCGCAUUUUCGCGAUUCUUCCCCGGGCCUCAUGCCGUUGAGGAUGGUCGGCGUACCAAUCUCGAUGCGGCAGACCUACAGUCGGACAGGCGAUUCUUCUCCCGGCUGACCGCACUAGCCUCGUGGCGCAGCGAAUACAUCUUGCGCACUCGCUUGAUGCAAUCUUUAUCCCGGGGCAAACCAGCGAAAUUCGACCCGCCCAAGAAGCAUGGAAGUGUACGUGCAGCGAGUGCUCGCCAUGGCAGCGCCAUAGCUACGUAUACUUCACAGCUCCUCUUCCCGGUUAGUCACAUACAUGCCUCUUUCAGGCCCGACAAGAACCCUCUCUUCAUCCACGGAGCCGCAGAGCAAGGGAUUGCGUCUGCCAGUGACCCAUCGACCGUAAAGGCUGGCACCUGGGGUGUCUCCGACCACCAAAUGUUCCGCCACUUUGCCGAUAUGUUUCCUGGUGAAGCGCAAUACGGCCUCGGAUCGGGUGAUAUGGUCGGUGUCCCCAAUUUAAUGGACGUAAGUCAGCCAUAUGGUAUGAUAUAUGGCGAAGGCUGUCCCCAGGGACGCAGUUACUUCAUCUCCACGACAGAACAGCGUGGUCGUUUCUUAGGCGCUUCAGAUCUGGGUUCUCACCCCACACUCGGCAUCCCCGCCGUGAACAUGAUCACACAUGCUGUCUGUUCGGUGUGGAUUGCCAAAUCCUCUCAUAUUCUCAAGAUGACCCAGGGGCUGGUGGGAAUGUUGUCAGGAUCGUCUUCGGGCGUGUUGACAGCAUAUUCUAUCGGCCCUCAUCCUACUUAUGAAAGGCGAUACGAGCAAGGACAAGUGACUGCUAGGUGGGUCCUGUGUCCUGGUGUUCCUAUUAUUGGAAUUGCCGUGGACGAUCAAUAUUCACCCAAGCGUCAUUCAGGAAAGCGAAUUUGGGCUGUUGCUCUCAACGCGCUAGGAGAAAUCUUCUACCUCACUGAUCUUCCUCGGGCACCUGAUAUCCCUCUCACGGCCAAACUAAACACCGAGCAACUUGACGAGGUGGCUUGGAAAACCGGUAGGAGUGUGCAUUGGGAAAUGGUCGAAAAGAGUAGACGGGUGGCACGCCCAGACCCAUUCAAUCGUGAACUGGUUGAUGGCAGCUACAGUCCGCGAUCGUCGUCAGAUUCCAUGGAACUCAAUGAGCACCAGAUUGCUGCAGAAACGAAGGAGGUUGAAAAAUUCAUAUCCUUCAAGCCCAAAUACUUCCGCAAAGUAUGUGAAAGCUGGGACAUGAAGCGCGAUCUGAAGGUGGACUUUGCUGGCGAUGACGGAUUCGGGGCAGGCGAGUCGGUCAUGAUCAUCACUCGGGGCUCGGGCGAGGACGCAAAGCCAUCGAUCCGGCGGUUCAUGCGCACUGCUUCUCGGUUAGAUUUUAGCUCCGCCACGCCAGCCACGCCAGAGCCCAUAUUUGAUACCGAAACUCCACCAUCACUCUUCGGCGGCCCGGUGAAUGUUCCAAGUCCGACCGUUACCAGCAUUCUUCCUCCUUCUCGAUCCUCCGGACAGGUGGUCCUACCCUCGACCCAAUUCAGAUGGCGUCUAUCGGAUUUUGUUUUUGGUGAUCGAAAAUCUGCAGAGGUGACCACUAGUGCGUUGGAUGCUUCCACUUUCGCGACUCUCACGGCCGAGGAGGAUCCUCUUUUGGCUAUGCCUGGGGGCUCUACUUCGUCUGCAACAUCUUCCCCAAUGUUACCACAUCUGACUCACCCGCGGUCAGGCCUGGAAGUUCCUGGGCAACGUGCUCGAUACUUAAGUGUUGGAACUCGCACGGGGAUGGUAUUUGUCUGGGAUAUCCGAGCCCCAGGGGCCAAGUCUACAGAGAUCAUCAAUUCCAUCUCCCCACUGCGCACCAUUCAAACAGAUUCUCCCCAAGUAUCUUCCUUGGCCAUCACGUCGUUGUACCUUGUUCAUGGCGGUAAUGAUGGUCUUGUGCAAGCCUGGGAUCCGCUAGCGUCAUCUACCAAGCCGAUCCGGACGAUCAACUCGCGUUUCUCGACCCGAGCCCGUCGUCGGCUUGUGCAGGCUGAGGCCUCUAUUCUAGGUGUUGGAAACAAUUACUAUGCCACAGGCGCCAUCUGCCUUGAUUCAGACUCAACCGUCCUGCGAGGAAUGGUAUCACUUGGAACCCACUUGCGAUACUGGUCUUACAGUUCUUCCGAGGCUGAUCAGUACAAAACCAGCAAGCGCCGCCUUCGUCACUUAAUGCGUGGCAGCAACGGAGCUGUUGAAGGCCAACGCUUCAACAACAGUGGUCGAGGUGCAAUCGAGGACUUCAUUGAAGACGAACGCCUGGAUAUGGAGCGUCAGAGAAUUGCCGAUGAAAAAGAACGAGCACAUUUGAGUGCACGUUUCGGAAUUGAUCUUCUUGGUCCAGAUAUCGAUGAGGAACAGCUUUUGGCGUAUGCCCAACUCCUAAGCGAAGAGGCCUGCUCUAGCGAUGCGGCAAAACCUAAGAACACCAUCGCUAUCUCCAGCUCGGCUACAAGCGCUUCAUUCGACACUGUUGGUCCUUGUUCACUCGGUCCCGGCGAAGUAUCGUCCUCUUCAUCUCCCUACCAAAAUUCCGCAGACGAUAAUGAUGACGAUGAACUUGCCGAGGCAAUUCGCCUUAGCCUGCUUGACGAGCAAUGUGCUGCUCUUCCAUUUGACCAAGCUUCGUCUAUCCCUAUCAAGUGGGCCAAGGGAGUCUACCCCCCACAGCCGCCAUCGCCUGCGGCAGAGGAGGCUGAGAGCAGUAGACAGCAGGAGAUGGAUGAUCUGGAGUUUGCGAUUCAACUCAGUUUGGCUGAGGGCAAGAGUCGCGAGGAUGGUGAAGAGGCUUGGGAGGAAUUCCCAUCUCUCGCGGGGCCAAUACCUGCCUCGCCGUCAGGCAAGGGCAAGGGGAAAGCGAGGGCCAUCUAG